CAGUCUAUGGGUUAACGUGAAAGAGGGUGGAAGUUAAUUGAGAGACAAGUGACUUAUAUGCUUGUGUCGGGGUUCAAACACAAUCAUUGUUCAACAGCUCAAGACAGGAGCUACUCACUUGUAAGACGAAGAUCUGACAGGUCUCUUGUGUUGGUGUAAACAUGAGUUGGAGCUUCUUGACACGUUUGCUUGAUGAAAUCUCCAACCAUUCUACUUUUGUGGGAAAGAUCUGGCUCACUCUCCUCAUUGUCUUCCGAAUCGUCCUGACAGUGGUGGGCGGUGAGACCAUCUAUGAUGAUGAACAGAGCGAGUUUGUGUGCAAUACACUACAGCCCGGUUGUAAGAACGUGUGCUAUGAUGCUUUUGCCCCUUUAUCUCACGUUCGAUUUUGGGUUUUUCAAAUCAUUAUGAUAACCACCCCAUCCAUUAUGUAUCUCGGCUUUGCCAUGCACAAAAUUGCUCAAAUGGCCGAAAACGAAUACCAACCACGCAAACGCAAAAUGCUGUCUACGGUUCAUCGAGGAAUGAGCCGUGACUAUGACAUGGUAGACGAGAUGAGUGAAGAAGUUCCCAUGAUCCCAGAAGAGAUUAAGCCAUUAGAGAAGGACAACAAAUCAGCAGCUUCAACCAAGACUACCGCUGCUUCUGAUGCUGCCGUGAAACAUGAUGGCCGACGCCGCAUCAAGAGAGAUGGUCUCAUGAAGGUGUACGUGUUACAGUUGAUCUCUCGUGUUGCCUUUGAGAUAGCUUUCCUCUUUGGCCAAUAUAUUCUUUAUGGUUUUGAGGUCUCUCCGUCCUACAUUUGCACCCGAAGCCCUUGCCCACACACUGUGGAUUGCUUUGUCUCACGUCCCACUGAAAAAACCAUCUUCCUGCUCAUCAUGUAUGUUGUCAGUGCAUUCUGUCUGGCACUGACUGUUUUGGAAAUCCUGCAUCUAGGAAUUGGUGGCUUGAGGGACUCUUUUCGUAGUCGAGCGAAUCGGAGACUCCCUGUUCAUAGGCCAUCUACGUCCACCAUCUGUCACCCCCUUCCCAGUGCUCCACCUGGAUAUCAGGCUGUCCAGAAAAAGUACUCCUCAGGCAAGCUAAAGGCUGAGUUCCUGGCAGACUCGGGACGGGAGUCACUGGGUGGUGACAACACUACUCGUGAUUUAGACCGUCUGCGGAGGCAUCUGAAAAUUGCAGAGCAACACCUGGACCAGGCCUACCACACUGAGGAAGUAGGGGCUUCACACAACAGCGGGCCUGACUCUAAAAGCAUCGCUGCUGAGCAAAACCGACUCAACCAAGCGCAGGAAGGCUUUGGCAGCACUGAGGAAAAAGUUUUUAAAGAGGCUCACGCUUGAAGCAAGUUUUCCAUCUGGCUCUCCGUUAAACAAACCAAUUCCCAGCGAAGACGCUAAUGUUGGAGGGCACAAGAUUUCCACUU